UUUACACACCGGACUUCAACACCCGUAUCAACGCGGAACAAGCGGAUUAAGGCAAAUGGUGGAAACAGUGACUUCGUUCCAGAUUCCUUCAGUUUCUAUAAUGCGACGUAUCAGUGCACGCACAGCGACGAUCCGCUCGAAUCCAUGGCAAGACCGCGUACAGGAAGCCGACCAAACCAGCGCUCUCGCAAAAUCGGGUGUCCCGCCCAGAUAAACGCGUGUGUGCAGCAGAAUGACGAAGACUGGGAGGUCUGUGUUACUCGUCAAGUUGCCCAGCACAACCACGAAGUAGGCCCUAACAUCUUCAAGACCUAUCACGAGAACCGACGCAUCGAAGAUGAAGAAGUAAUAUCCACGGUGCAGACGCUUCGUCGCAGCGGUGCAAACCGGAAGAGAAUUCUGCAGUAUAUAUUAGAGAAUACGGUCGUCGAACCGACAAUGAGAGACGUGCAUAAUCUGCUAGCGCGGCUACAGGAGGACGACUACGCUUUUCCGACAGUGGAGGAGCGGGUUCAAGCAUUUCUGGAAGACUUCGCUCAAGAAACCGGAAACGUAUCCAGAAUCAUCAUCAAGGAGGUAAUUAUAUCUUAUUUGUGGUCUUUUGGGUGCUAA